CAUUCAACAUGUAAUUUCUCACUUGUGUUUUGACAAGUGUCAAAACUAAGACAAUUUUUACAUCAAUUUUAUAUUUUUCGUCGUGUUCACCGUUACGAAAUAACAUUGUAUUGCAAGGGAAUGCUUGAAGGUCUUUAAAGAAGUUCAUUUUUCGUCUCAAAAUAUUAUUUGUUGAAUCACAAAAUUCGAAUGUCUAUAAAUGGAGUACACUCGAGAGAAGCCUUACAAAACCCAGGAAGCUUUCGACGGACAAGUUAUCCUGACCACCAUGACUUCGGAUUUGGAUUUGAACACAGGAGUUCAAGAUUUAUUUGUCGAUGCAGAAUGUGAAUCGGGAAAGUCCGAGACUGAGAUUCCAUCUAAAGUCUCGCAGAAAUCAAUACUGAGCAAUAUGUUUAGGUUUAUGAUGCAAAAAAGGGAUGUUAAUGUGAAUUGUGAAUCAAAGAAGUCUCCAACUACACCAAAAGAAGAUGAAACAAUGUUGCCAGGAGAAAGUGUGAAUGAAUCUAAGGAACCAAAAUUUUCAAUGCUCAAUUAUAUGUUUUGGUUUAUGACUUUAAAAACAGAAACCAAAAUGAUUUGUGGACCUGUAAAAUCUUCAAACACUACAGAGGUGAAAUAUGAUUCCGAAAGUCCCAAAUUGGAAGAAGCAGUUAAAGAUAAAUCUUCCGAUGAUUUGGAGAUAGAAAUUAAAAAUUGUUUUAAUUUCGACUUAAAAGAACAAAAUGCAGAGCACAGCUUAGAACAGCACAUAAAUGAUGAAAAUGUAACGCAUAAUUUAGAAGUGAGCGAGUCCAACAAUUUUGAACACUGUGAAGAAGUAUUAGACUCUAUGGAUGUUGAUUUGCAAAACAGUUGUAACAAUAGUUACAGAGAUAACAUCCAAAUGUCUUUAUGUGGUUGUGAUUGUGAACCAUCUGAAAAAGAAUUUAUAGAAAAUAUUGUUUCGUUUAGUGACAUAUGUGAAAAUCCAAGUCUCUUAGAAGAUACAAGACUAACGGUGAAAGUUAAUAAAAAUUAUUAUAAGUGGAAAGUUGCAGCCGGGAUGUUUGCAACGUUUUUAAUUUAUAGAAAACCUUUGCCACAAAAUGCUGUACAGAAAUUGGCGAAUUUUCAUACGCUUUCUGUCGUACCUCAAGAAGUUGAAACUCCCAAACAAAAGUCAUGGUGGAAUAUUUGGAAAUAGGUUACAUUUAAAAAAGUAAUUAAAUAUAAAAUAAAAUCCAGCUAAACAUCUAUAUUUUAAUCAUGUAAAAAAGCUUCCAAAACACAGGCCAGGUGUUAAUUUGCCACAAACCGUUAUGUAAAAAUGAACAACUUAUUGGAUAUAUAUAACGAGUCUCGCAACAGCCAUGAUUUAUUGAUGUUUUUAAAAUACAAGUUCCUUGAUAGAUGAAUAUUUUUGUUGGACCUGUUUGGCGUACGCUACGGGAGUAUUGUGCCAUAAAUUCGGAAUAUGACGACAAAAAUGACACCUGGGUUUGUGUACUUGGGGGUGAAAUUAUUAAAUGUAGCGGCACCCAUAAUUUAAGAAACCCAUAAACGAAAAUUAAAAACAUAUAGAAUGACAA